CGCGGUGGCUGCCGGGAAGCGGGGAAUACAGGAAGUAAACAUAGACGUAUUGGCUUUGUUUCUGUCCGUCCAGUGGUUUUGGGGUCCCCUGCGACAGGACUUGGUUUCUUCCUUUUCACAGAAGAAGCCAGAUAACAAUGUCGGCUGCAGCUGUGGAUGCAGCUAAUGCUGCCCCGUUGUCGGGCUCCAAAGAAAUGAGUUUGGAAGAACCAAAGAAGAUGACCAGAGAGGACUGGAGAAAGAAGAAGGAGCUAGAAGAACAGAGAAAACUGGGUAAUGCUCCUGCAGAAGUUGAUGAAGAAGGAAAAGACAUCAACCCUCAUAUUCCUCAGUAUAUUUCUUCAGUGCCAUGGUAUAUUGAUCCAUCAAAAAGACCUACUUUAAAGCACCAGAGACCACAGCCAGAAAAACAGAGGCAGUACAGCUCAUCUGGAGAGUGGUACAAGAGGGGUGUGAAAGAGAAUUCCAUAGCUACUAAGUACCGCAAAGGAGCAUGUGAAAAUUGUGGGGCCAUGACUCACAAAAAGAAAGACUGCUUUGAGAGACCAAGGCGAGUUGGAGCAAAAUUUACAGGGAUUAAUAUAGCUCCAGACGAACAUGUCCAGCCUCAGCUGACGUUUGACUAUGAUGGGAAGAGGGAUCGGUGGAAUGGCUACAAUCCAGAAGAACACAUGAAAAUUGUAGAAGAAUAUGCCAAAGUUGAUCUGGCAAAACGAACAUUGAAAGCCCAGAAACUCCAAGAAGAAUUGGCCUCGGGAAAAUUAGUGGAACAGGCUAAUUCUCCAAAACACCAAUGGGGAGAGGAGGAACCAAAUUCUCAGAUGGAAAAAGAUCAUAAUAGUGAAGAUGAGGAUGAAGAUAAAUAUGCAGAUGAUAUUGACAUGCCUGGACAAAACUUUGACUCUAAGAGACGGAUUACUGUUCGGAAUCUCAGGAUCCGUGAAGAUAUUGCAAAAUAUUUGCGGAAUUUAGAUCCAAAUUCUGCUUACUAUGAUCCCAAAACUAGAGCGAUGAGAGAGAAUCCCUAUGCCAACGCAGGGAAGAAUCCAGAUGAAGUGAGCUAUGCAGGAGAUAACUUUGUUAGAUACACAGGUGAUACCAUUUCAAUGGCUCAGACACAGUUGUUUGCAUGGGAAGCUUAUGACAAGGGAUCUGAAGUGCAUCUGCAGGCCGAUCCUACCAAACUAGAACUGCUGUACAAGUCCUUCAAAGUCAAAAAAGAAGACUUCAAAGAACAACAGAAAGAAAGCAUCCUGGAAAAGUAUGGUGGCCAAGAACAUUUGGAUGCCCCUCCAGCGGAACUGCUUUUAGCUCAGACGGAAGACUACGUGGAGUAUUCAAGGCACGGGACAGUCAUUAAAGGGCAGGAGCGGGCUGUUGCCUGCUCAAAGUAUGAGGAGGAUGUGAAGAUCCACAAUCACACACACAUCUGGGGAUCUUACUGGAAAGAAGGCCGAUGGGGAUACAAAUGCUGUCACUCUUUUAUCAAGUAUUCGUAUUGUACUGGAGAAGCUGGGAAAGAGAUUGCUAAUUCAGAGGAAUGUAUUGUAAAUGAUGUAACUGGAGAAGAAUCUGUGAAAAAACCCCAAACCCUCAUGGAGAUGCAUCAGGAAAAACUAAAAGAGGAGAAAAAGAAGAAAAAGAAGAAGAAGAAGAAGCAUCGAAAGAGCAGUUCAGAUAGUGAUGACGAAGAAAAGAAACAUGAAAAACUGAAAAAGGCGUUGAAUGCAGAGGAGGCCCGCCUUCUUCACGUCAAGGAGCUCUUGCAGGUCGAUGAGAGGAAGCGGCCUUACAAUAGCGUAUAUGAAACUCGGGAGCCCACGGAGGAGGAAAUGGAGGCCUAUAGAAUGAAGCGUCAGAGGCCAGAUGACCCCAUGGCCUCUUUCCUUGGACAGUAGUCACUCGUCACAGACGGUCACCCAUGAUGAACACGGCUGAUGAUAAACUCUUCUCAGCUUCUUGCCGAUGAUUGUAGAUGGAAAAGUCAGUGUCUGCUCAUCUUGCUGCCUGGCUUUAAUAAAGCUUCCAGAAGUCUUAUAGUAAA